CCGAGGACAAUCAAUGACCAGCAGACAUAUGGUCUAAUGUGAAUGUUUGUCUCUGUCUGUGUGUGUGUUCAUUCAUUCAUUCUAUUUUGAACAGAUAUUGAUCGAUCGUUCAUAAGUUUGUAAUAAACAUCGAUAUCUCAAAUUUUGAACCAUUCACACUGACAUUCGAGACAUCUGAUUGGUUUUAGAUAACAUUAGUGCAUAACCGGUAUUCCAAUCAAUCCAUUCAAUUUCAACCGACAAUUUUGUUAAUUGAAUUCUAGAGAAUCGAUUCUGUGUGUGGAUUCUAGUCUUUGGAAAAUUGAAAAUUCGUUUUUGAAAAUGUCAUCGAAUCAUUCAACAACGAAACCAAUGAAAGUGAAGACAAAACGUUUCAAGCCGAAACAUCAGAAAGCGAAAUUGUUUCGUGCAUCGGAACCAUUGUUUUCUGUAUUCAUGUGGGGUAUCAAUCAUACGAUCAAUGAAUUGACACAUGUGAACACCCCGGUCAUGUUGAUGCCCGAUGAUUUUAAGGCUUACACAAAGGUUAAAAUCGAUAACCAUUGUUUCAACAAGGAGAACAUGCCUUCCCAUUUCAAAGUGAAGGAAUAUUGUCCACUCGUCUUUCAGAAUCUACGUGAACGGUUCCAUAUUGACGAUGUUGACUAUAUGAAUUCAUUGACCAAACAUCAGCCACGUGAACAUCUUGUAUCAGGCAAAACGAGCACCAAAUUCUACGAGUCCUAUGAUCGAUUAUUUCUGUUAAAAAUAUUGACCAGUGAAGAAGUGGAAUCGAUGCAUCAUCUACUGAAGGAAUAUCAUCCGUACAUUGUGGAAAGACAUGGCAAAACAUUGUUGCCUCAAUAUCUGGGCAUGUAUCGUAUAACAGUGGAUGGAACCGAAACAUACAUCUGUGUGAUGCGAAACAUUUGCUCUUCACAAUUCAUCAAUGUUCAUCGAAUCUAUGAUCUCAAAGGCUCGACCGUCGAUCGUGAAGCAAGCGAAAAAGACAAAACACUUGAUGUGCCCAUCUACAAGGACAAUGAUUUCACUCGUGAUGGUGUACGUAUCUAUGCAGAGGAAGAAUGGAAAAAGAAAUUCUUCGAAAUGCUCGAAGCAGACACAACGUUCCUGAUGAAAAAGAACAUUAUGGACUAUUCGCUUUGUGUUGCCAUACAUGAUUGUGAACGAGCCGAACAAGAAGCCCAACAACGACAUGCCGAAGGUCUAAACUCACAAUUCAGCGCUGAAGAUGAAGAAGCCGAAACAAGUGGCGAUAAUUGUUGCCAAGAUCAAGCCCCGAAUUCGAUGCUUUCACCACCGGAUUCACCAGAAUCACAAUCACAACCAAAAAUGUCUGCCGAUUCGGACAAUGUGCUUCUUUAUUCCAGUGAGAAUGCUAUCGACUCAUCCAGAGACAUUUAUGCUGUCAUUGCCACCAAAGAUUCGCCAAGGCGAGAAAUCUAUUUCAUCGGUAUAGUCGAUAUUCUUACACAAUUCGGUAUUCGUAAGCGUACGGCAUUAGCAGCCAAAACGGUUAAACAUGGAACGACAGCUGAAAUAUCUACAGUCCACCCGGAACAGUAUGCCAAACGUUUCUGUGAGUUUAUCACUAAAGUGAUUCAAUAGUAGUUCACUCACAUAAACCCACACCCAUAUACACAUCACCAUUGAACGUAGAGCAUUAACCAAAAUUCAUUUGAUUUGCCCGAUAUCGGGCCAAUACUCUAUAUUAUCUCAUCAAAUCAUCAUUGGCUCAUUGACCAUCCCUACACUCACUACCAUUAUCCACAUCGGCCACAGAUCAAUGUAGAUUGCAUUCACAAAGAAGCAUUCAAAAAAAACAACUCAUUUUGCAAAUAAAAAUGUACAGAUCAAAUUCAAUGUCAAGCUCAUCACAAUGUUGAUUAAUGUAAGCAAACAAACAAACAAAAUGUUGACAAUGAAUCCAUAACAAGAAUUCAAGAUGCUAAUAAAAAUUUGCUGUGUGAUCAAUCCAAAAAAAAAUCCACGAAUCCAGAACUUUGGUUGCAAUAUUUAUUCUUUUUUUAAAUUCUAGAAGUUAUUGUAAUACAAAGGGCAGAUUAAAUGUUUUUUUUGUGUAAUGAUGAUUGCUUCUCUUUUUAGAAUAAAUGCGUGUUCUGUUCA